UGUGAUUGGCUCCGUAGUUGCGCCCAGCUUCCUCAAAGGGAACCCCUCAAUUUGUGGCGUUCCCUAGCUGCACCGCCACAAAUGGCUAAUCUAGCUGGUCCAAGCUUUUGAGCCCUAAGCCAACACACCUAAUUUUUUCCUGCUUUCGCGACCGCUAAUUCAGGACUGCGAUAGCACACCCAUCGACUCCGCGAUCCAAAGGGACAAACCAUCACAGUGAGUUCCCUGCUUGUUGUGCAGUCAAGGAGGGCCAAAAUUUUGCUAACAUCCUACUAGAUGGGUCGUCUUCAGGAAUACCAGGUGAUUGGGCGCCAUCUGCCCACGGAGUCCAACCCGACUCCUGCCCUGUACCGCAUGCGCAUCUUUGCGCCGAACGAGGUUGUUGCCAAGUCCCGCUUCUGGUACUUCCUUCGCGGUCUCCGCAAGGUCAAGAAGGCCACCGGCGAGAUCGUCAGCGUCAAUGUGAUCUCUGAGAAGCACCCUCUCAAGGUCAAGAACUUCGGCAUCUGGAUCCGGUAUGACUCGCGGUCAGGCACCCACAACAUGUACAAGGAGUACCGGGAAAUGUCCAGGACCGCUGCCGUUGAGGCGCUCUACUCGGACAUGGCUGCCCGGCACCGUGCCCGUUUCAGGUCUAUCCACAUUCUCCGGGUCGUCGAGCUCGAGAAGACCGAGGACGUCAAGCGUCCCUACAUCAAGCAACUCAUCACCAAGAACCUCUCUUUCCCUCUGCCCCACCGCGUCCCCAGGAUCAACACCAAGAAGAUUUUCAGCGCGACGCGCCCGUCCACUUUGGCUUGAGGGGUUUCAUGGUUGCGGUUGGGGUUGGCAGGUUCUUCAGGUGUUCAUUAGGAAAAUGGGAUAUCCUGCAUUUGCUCUCUAGACUGAGCAUGAAAUGAAUAAAUGGUCAAGCACGGGUUUGCGGGUUUUGCGCAGAAGCCUUUCGGU